GUCAGUCUGUGUUGCGUCCACAUCGUCAGUUACCAGCAUGACAUCUGACGACACAUACUAAUCACUUGUGUGUUACAUGAGUGUGAAAGAUCUAUCUGAAAUAGUUCAAUUUUAAGACAAAUAAAAUGUCAUAUCCUCUUAUAGGCAGUAAAAGUAUGUUGUCUUAAAGUUGGACUGCAACAUGCAUAUUGAGCAUGCCAUCUUGGCUUUUGGUGUUGGGAAAAGAGCGAUGCAAAUAUACAGUCAAACCUGGCGAAGGAAGGUUCUGUUCUGCAUCAUGUCAAAACGGAAAAUUAAAGUACUGUCAUUAAGUGAUAAACUUAAAAUAGUGAAUGCAUUUGAAUCCGGAAAAUCGCGAAAUGAAAUUCAGAGGGAGUUUAAUUUACCAGAAUCCACCUAUUAUAAAAUUAUAAAAUCAAAAGACUCUAUAAAGUGUGAGUGCUCUGAUGGACAUGGAAAUAUUAAGAGGGCUAAAGUUUCUGAAUUUCCCAAUAUCGAAAAGUGCCUUUUGGAAUGGAUAAAACAAACUCUCGAUAAGAAUACUCCGAUAAAUGGACCUCUGUUGAAAAAAAAAUCAAAAGAGUUUGCUACAAAACUGGGAAUCCAGAACUUUUCUGCUAGCAACGGCUGGUUAGAGGGUUUUAAAAGGCGUCAUGAUGUAGCUUUCAAAAAAGCAGCUGGGAAAAGUAAAUCUGUGGACCAAGGUGUGUGCAACCACUGGACUGAAGAUCUCCCAAAUCUUUUAGAAGGGUAUGAACCAGACGAUAUUUAUAACGCGUAUGAAACUGCAUUGUUAAUACGCUUUUAUUAGCUUUAGACGUAUGUAUGUUAGUAUGAAACGGAAUCUUUGAGCAUGAUUUUGACCCCCUUCAAAACGUCGGAUUAACUCGAAAUUUGGUAUACUUGAUAAGGGCCGACGAUAAUUCAAAAUUAAAAAAAAAAUUGAAGAAAUUGAAAUACAAGUAAAAAAUGAAAAAUAAAUAAAAAUAAGUUCUAAAUAAAAUAAAAUUACAUAGUGCCAUGAAUUUUUGUUUCGUUUUCGUUAGCAUAUUGAUACCUACCCUUAUAAAGUACUUAUAUGUCGAGAUCUAAUGAACUUAACACAAUAUAUAUGUACAUAAGAUAUGUUGUGCAUAUUAUGCACAUAAAUUUAUCAUAUUACAUAUUUACUACAUUCGUACUUGCUACGUCUUGUUAUGGCUGCGUAGGUACCUCUAUAAGAGAGAAACGCUACGCUCUGCAUUAGCGAGAAACUCGGGUUAGUGAGAAACUUUGAUUAACGUGUAUAUAAUCAAAGGUGAGAAACCUCUAUAAACGAGAAUGAGAUUGUGCUCCCUUGAACUCUCGCUUAUCCAAGUUUGAAUGUGUAUAAUUAAAGCCAAUGUUGCAUGUAUAAUUGGACCCAUAUCAUUAUGAAAUUUAAGAUGUAGAUUAAUUAUAAUGUCAACAAAAGGUGUAUUUUUGAAAAUAGUGUGACUAAAGAAUUAAAAUAAAUAGUUACAAAAAUUGCUAUAGAUAGGAAAACAAGCACUAUUAAAUUAAAUGAGUGGUACUGUCUCCUGCCUAAAACAAAAAAAUUGUAACUGUAAAAUUCAACAAUUUUUUUUUUUCAAUAUAAGGGGGAAUUGAAAUGAUUGCAAAUUAAAAACGAAAUCGGUUCAUCAAAUGCAACGUUAGCUGGCAGAUUAUACGAUAUAAUGAACUCUAGAGCGUCAGCACUCUCAGAAAAUCACCCUUCAUAAAGAUUUCCAUUCAUUUACCUUCCUUUUUUAGUUGUAAAGACACUUUCAUUUUAAAAUACCCUGACGUAUCGUUCAUAGUCAACACUUCUUGAGAAUUCGUGUCGUGUCGAGACAAAAAAAAAAAAAAAUUUUUUUUUCUUGAUUGAUUAAUCAUCUACUAUAUGAUUUGAAAUCUUUGAUGAUAAAACUAUUUACAUUAAAAAAAUUCGACGAAUGUUUUGAGUUUUUGGGACAGCGAUUGACGUGAUUGGUGGUUCCGGGAUUCUCUGUAUUAAAAUUAUCUUUUGAUUGAUUUAUUGAAACGUGCCGAUUGUGCUUUUAGAGAAAACAAUAAAGAAGUAAAAAAGUAAGUGCAUACUUUCAUAUUUAUGUAUUUUUCUGAUAAUUUAAAUUUUGGCAUCCACCUUGCUACCCGGUCAGUAGUUAGGUAGAUUUAGAAAUGCUAGUAUAGUGUUCGCUCAUGUGGCCCGCAUUCCCAUAAACUUUCUCCAGGUCAUCCAAUCCCGUUUUUGCAGGGUAGCCGUCGGAGCACUAUGGUGCGUCAGGAAUGUUGACUUGUAUGACAACCUAAAUUUAAAACCGAACGUAAGUAUCUUAAGGUGGCGCCAGAAUGCUACUUCGACAAGUGACGUGAUGACAUGAUAGUUCUCUUAUCGUGACCGUUGCUAAUUACUUUUCUGACUCAGGCGACGGGGCAACGCAAAGCCGCCGUAGCCCGAAACAUGUCUUGUCGGAUUCCCCGGAUCCAAUCGGCGCUUUUAGGGCCCUAAAGCACCGGUCACCGUCCGAUUAGGCCGAAGAGUUCGACGAGCAAACUAACCCAGAGUUUCUCGCCGGGUCUUCUGAGUGGGUCGCGUUUCCUAUCCGGUGGUAGAUUUUGCGAAGCACUGCUCUGGCUAGGGCUAGUGUUAGCAACACCUCCGGUUUGAGCUCCGAGAGCUCACCUACAUGCUAGGGUAACGCUGAUAUAGCCUCUCAAGGCUAUCAGCAUGGGUAGGGGAAAAAAAUAUACUAGUGAAUAGAUGGGGAUUUUUUUUUGUAAUAAAUUUAAUAGAUAUUAUAUUUUAGAUUAACAAAGCUUAAACGCUUAUUGUCAUCACGUCAAGCGGGCGCGAUGCUGGCACCAUUGAAGAUGAGGAAGCAAUAUCGAUAAAUCGUUAAACAAUACGAUCGUUUGUGUUGCGAUGCGACUGCAAGCUGGGGCGAAUUUCAUUUUUGAUUACGUAUAAACAGGAAGAAUAGAAUGUAGAUUCAUGAGAGUCGGUUGAGGAUAUUCGUUCAUUCCAGAGCAGGUUUUAAACGACCAAGGCCUUUCUUCAACAGUUUUUUUACUUCAAGCACCAUAGAGUCAGGCGAAGACGAUGCAUCGUUUUCAAUAAUAAUAUUUUGUAUUGAAGUCGUUUUCAGAAAAAUACGACGAGGCUCCCCUGGUACUUAGCACCCCAUCAAGACCUUCCUCUAGCCGGAUAAGACCAAGUUGUACCCUAGUGACUAAUUGAGAUGCUUCAAUAAAGCUUUGAGAAGAAACAACAUUUUGGUUAUUAAUAAAAUAUUACCGAAUAAUAUUAUUAAAAAAACUAAUCAAUGUAUUAUUAAGAAGUUCUAAGACCUCUUUUAAAAAAACGCGAAAUGGUUUCGAAUACUCCUAUAUAAAAUGUUUUAGUUUCCGAAAGGAUUUCCUCGAAUUCUGUCUUUCCUUGCUCUGAUCAACGUUUUAGCACUAAAAGUACGUAGACGGCCAGAACUUGGUUGUUGCAAACGGGCUUCGUUUUUUCCUAUCAAUCGCUCGGUGCACGUGCACUUGACUAAUCCGAAGCGAACGAAGAAAUAAAAUAAAAAUGGUACGCGUGCAACUUGUUGUACGUGAAAGAAGUGAAACUUCUUUUGCGGUGUUUAGUAUUGUGGUUUUCAUCAUUUUUCAUCCUUAAAUAUUUAUUUUCUUGUAAUAGGAGGGAAUGCUGUGAAUAAGAGAAACGACCUAGCUUGCUUUGUCCUUUCAUCUUUUUCUUCUCUCCACGGUCGAGUGGU